AUGACGACAGCCAAUUUGUUCGAUCUCGACGCUGAGCUUGGCAGCGAAGAAGACGAGGAGUUCGAGGGUGACGAGGAGGCACCGCGUCCCAGAAAGCAAAAGGCAAACGUCGAUGAUUCUAGCGAAGAAGAAGAAGACGACGACGAGGAAGCUGAGAGAGAGAUUCGUGAAGGUUUCAUAGUAGACGAAGACGAAGAAGAUGUCGAGGAGCAACGUGAGCGCCGUCGCGAGAAAAGGAAGCGCAGAAGAGAAGAGCGCGAGGCCGAGGAUGCUCUCCUCGAUGAGGAAGAUCUGGAUCUGAUUGGCGAAACACACCCCGAUUACCAACGCCGUCAAGAAGAACAGCGCCUGAAGCGUGGCCACCGCGAAGACCGGGACCGCAAUGAAGCGCGCGGCAUCGACGACAUCUUUAGUGACGAUGAGGAGAUGGCCGACAAUGAUGGCAGAGCCUACGGCCGCGAACCCAGAGCCUACGCCGAUGAAUUCGCCGACUUUAUUGAAGAGGACGAAUUCCCCGAUGAGGAGCGCGAAGCCAUGCGCGAUGCCGCCGAAGUUCGACGACCCGGCAGAGGUUAUGUCGACCCCUUGCGCAUGCAGAGUGGUCUGGAUGAGUCUGCUCAGGAAGACAUGAUGGCUGCCUUUGGUGACGGUACAGAGUACGACUGGGCUCUGCAACUACAAGAGGAGGGUGAUGAGAACCAGGAAGGUCUGGACAAGCCGCUCGAGCUCAAAGAUGUUUUCGAGCCGUCGCAAUUGGCCGACAGGAUGUUGACAGAGGACGAUAACAUCAUCCGCAACACCGAUGUCCCCGAACGCUACCAGCUCGCCCGCCAGCCCUUCAGAGAGAUGGAAUUGUCCGACGAGGAAAUGAGCGCUCGUAUGCAAGAAGAGACACACUGGAUCUCCAACUUCCUUCUCCCCAAGAAGCGUCUGGACCGCGACCUGGUGGAACCUUUCCGUGACGUUGUUGGCCACGUCCUGCGAUUCAUGAAUGUCGAACAGUUCGAGGUUCCUUUCAUCCUCCAUAAUCGCAAGGACUACCUGAUUCACGAAGAGCGUGUUCCUCUGUCACCCAACCCGAACGACCCGGAUGCUCCGCAGCACGAGAUCAAGGCUUCGAGAUUGUUGCAAAACAGCGACCUGUGGGAGAUCUACGAACUCGAUCUCAAGUACCGUGCCUUUGUUGAGAAGCGUGAAGCUCUGUCGAGGUCCAUCGAGAGCAUCCGCGAUGCCAUGACCGACUCCAAUGACGAAAUCUUCAACGACAUGAUCCCGGCCGCUGUCACCAUGGAGGAGCUGCAAGACGUCCAGGACUACCUCCACUUCCAAUAUGCCGCCCAACUUAAGGACACGACAGUUUACGACGCAGAGACCAAUGGCACACAGAAGAGAGCAAGAGGAACACGUAAUAUCUGGGACAAGGUUCGCGCUGGACAGGCAUACCACAUGGUCAGAGCAUUCGGCAUUUCUGCAGAUGCUCUGGCGCAAAACGCUCUCAAGGUUGGCACAAGGCAGUACACUGAGGACCCCACUGAGAGACCCGACGAUAUGGCCGACAAGCUCGUUGACGGAUCUGAGUACUCAAACAGCCAACAGCUUCUCGCUGCUGCGAAGGCCAUGUUCGCCGAAGAGCUCGCUCAAAGCCCUCGCAUGCGCAAGCUUCUACGUCAGAACUUCUACAUGGAUGGUGUCUUCGACUGUUUCCGCACUGAGAAGGGUUUGAGAAGAAUUGACGAAGAGCAUCCUUACUACGAGUUCAAGUACCUUCGUGGAAAGGAUUUGAGAUCGAUCGUCGCCAAGCCUGAGCUGUUUUUGCGCAUGCUGAAGGCUGAAGACGAGGGUCUUGUUGAGGUCCGCGUUCGUAUGGAGGUCUGGGACAGGUUCAAGGACAGUCUUUACAAGAACAUCAUGUCCGACAACUUCAGUGAACUUGCCGAUGCUUGGAACGCCUUGCGCAGGGAAGUCUUGGACAUGGCCUUGGAAAAGCUCACCCGCACAAUCAUCAAGGGUGUCAAGGAGAAUCUCAAGACAGAGUGUGAAGCUCAAAUUGCUCGCGGCUGCAGAGAGGAAUACGCCAACAAGCUUGAUCAAGCUCCUUACAAGCCUCGUGGCAUGGUUCUCGGCACUACCCCCAGAGUACUGGCUCUCUCCAAUGGUGCAGGCAAGCGCAACGAUGCUAUCUGUUGGGCAUACGUUGAUGAAAAUGGACGCGUGCUUGAGAACGGUAAAUUUGUCGACAUUCGCAUGGGCAACAAGGAGAAGUUCUUGCCCGAUGGAGCCGAUGUUGCACAAUUCGUCGAUCUUGUUGAGCGCAGAAAGCCUGAUGUUGUUGCUGUUUCUGGCUUUUCCGUCGAGACUCGGAGACUCUACAAGGACCUUCAGGAAAUCAUUGAGAGUCACGACCUGCGUGGUACGCCAUACGAAGAAGAAGAUGGCUCGGAGCAAAGCGACAAGCUUGACAUUGUCAUCACUAACGACGAAGUUGCCCGUCUCUACUACACCAGCGAUCGCGCCACUGCCGAACACCCUACUGUGCCUCCGCUUACAAGAUACUGUAUUGCCCUUGCAAGAUACAUGCAAAGCCCUCUCAAGGAGUACGCCGCUCUCGGUCGCGACAUCACAUCAAUCUCCUUCACCUCAAACCAAACACUCAUCCCUCAAGAAAAGGUUCUGAAACAUUUAGAAAUGGCUAUGAUCGAGACAGUGAAUCUGGUUGGUGUCGACAUUAACGAAGCCGUCUCCGAUACAUACACUGCCAACCUUCUGCAAUACGUCGCGGGUCUGGGUCCUCGUAAAGCAGCACAUCUCCUCAAAGUUGUCAACUCCAACGGUGGCGAUAUCAACACUCGAUUUGAACUCAUCGGCGUGUCUGACCGCAACAGGAGACCAGCUGUUAGUGCCAAGAUCUUUGAGAACUGCGCCAGCUUCCUGUACAUCAACUACGAUGAUUCCGAGCCGGACUCUGACUACCUGGACAACACUCGUGUGCAUCCUGAAGACUACGAGACGGCGAGAAAGAUUGUGGCCGAUACUCUUGACAUGGAUGAAGAGGAUGUCAAGGCUGAGAUGGAUGAGGCUGGUCCUAAUGCCGUCGUUCGCAAGCUUAUCAAGGAUGAUGCUCAGGACAAGCUCAACGAUCUCGUGCUUGACGACUACGCUGAAGAGAUCCUUCGCAAGAUUGGUCUCAAGAAGAAGGCUACUCUGGAGCUCAUUCGUGGUGAAUUGCAACAGCCAUACGAAGAACUUCGUCGCAGUUUCUACUUGUUGUCAACUGAUGAGGUCUUUACCAUGCUUACCGGAGAAACCAAGGAGUCGUUGACCGCGGGCAUGAUUGUGCCUGUGUCAAUCAAGCGUACCUUCCCUGACCACAUCGACGUCAAGCUGGACUGUGGUAUCGACGGCUCAAUCAACGAGCAGGACUUCCCCGCUGGUGUCGGCAAUGGCGGUGCGGAGCCUCGUCACGUCUGGCAGACCCACCAAACUGUUCAGGCCAAACUGCUCGAGAUUGAGCCCAAGCACGACUUGCGCGAACCCUUCCGCCGCGAAUUUGAUCAUGAGCCUGGACAAUGGGAUGAGCAACAAGAAGCCCAGGACAAGAAAGAGGCUAUGCACGAGAAGGAUGCCAAGACUGGCAGAGCCCAACGUGUCAUUAAGCACCCUCUCUUCCGACCAUUCAACUCAGCUCAAGCAGAAGAGUAUCUGGGUUCACAAGCACAAGGUGACGUCGUCAUCAGACCAUCAUCGAAGGGACUCGACCACUUGGCUGUUACGUGGAAGGUCUCGGAGAAUGUGUUCCAACACAUCGAUGUGCUGGAGCUUGACAAGGAGAACGAGUUCUCUGUAGGUAGAACUCUCAAGGUUGGCGGCAAAUACACAUACUCAGAUCUCGAUGAGUUGAUUGUUUUGCACGUCAAGGCCAUGGCGAAGAAGGUGGAUGAGAUCAUGACGGACGAGCGCUUCCAGAAAGGCUCGAGAGAAGCAACGAAUGAAUGGCUCAACGCCUACACGGAAGCCAAUCCCAUCCGCAGCAUGUACGCUUUCUGCAUCAACCCCAAGUACCCAGGCUAUUUCGACCUCUGCUUCAAGGCCGGCGCCUCAGCAAAGGUUGCAGCCUGGCCUGUCAAAGUCAUCCCCAACGCUUUCGAACUCCAACGCCACCCUUACCCCGACAUGCGCGCGCUCAAGAACGGCUUCAAGCUCUUGUUCUCCAAGGCCUCUGGCGUGGCCAAGCGAUAG